UUUCAAGAUGGCCGAUACAUCACCGACACAAGUGUUGGACUACGUGUUCCUCGGGAGCCGGCAGCAUGCGAAGAAUCGAGCGAUGCUAGAGUCUCUAGGCAUCACGCAUAUCCUGAAUGUGACGCCCACACGUAAAGUCGACCCGGUGGCCGGCGUGCCAAACUUUUUCGAAAAGGACAACGUGUUCACGUACCGCCGCUGCGCCCUCUUCGACAACCAAGGCGAAGACAUCCUCACGUCGUUGGAUGGGUGCAUCGCGUUCAUCGACCAAGCCAAGUUCCACGGGCGUAUCUUUGUGCAUUGUAAAGCUGGCGUCAGUCGCUCCGCGUCCAUCGUCCUCGCGUACUUGAUGAAAGCGAACGCCAUGCCAUUCGACGAAGCGCUGUCGUUUCUCCAACAUAAACGACCCAUGGUGAAUCCCAACGCUAGCUUUCGCACCCAGCUACAGGCGUUUGAGAAGCGAUUGGUUCGCCAAUCUGCGACAGGGAGGCCUGGCACCGCGCCAUCCGGUCCGUCCAGUGCCGCCGCGUCCAUUGGGCCGCAGCUUCCGCCGCAUCUCAAGCGACCUGCCGCCUGCGACAACGUUCAAAAUGAUAGAGUCGACGCGACAUCAAUGUCCCCAAAGUGGAAGAAAGCCAAGGUUGACGAGUAAAUAAAUUCAAUGCGCCAAAAAUUUCGCC